CGUGACCAACUCGAUUCAAACGUUUGAUCAGAUUUGUUGUCAUAGUGAGACCGGAAGAGUCACCUGCUGCACCAGCUUCACCUGAGCAGGUGGUUUCGGUCCGGAGCGGCUCUCCGAACCAGUCAGGAUGUCCGGUUCGACACCACAGACGGCGAAACUGAAGCAGCUGGACCAGUCUGAUAUCCUCGACCCAGAUUUCCAGCAACGUUUGGAAAAUGCCCGAGCACAGCUCAAGCAAGAGAUACAACGUGAACUAAAGAUCAAGGAGGCAGCUGAGAGGAUGAGGGAUGCUGUCACCAACAGGAAGAGCGCUGCAGAUGUUGAGGGUCAACUGAAGGCCUCCAGCCGAAAACUGGACCAGCUACAUUGGGAACUCCAGGAGUUAAACGCCAGGUCCAUGGUUCCAGAGAGAGAUGGAACGACAGGUCUCAUGGAGGAGGGCCAAAUGUCCCCAGAGUCCUGUCAGCGGGAGGAGGCCACGUCUCUGUUGGCCCGACGGGUCAGAACUCUGAAGAAGCAACUCACCAUGGAGAUGAAGGUUAAACAAGGAGCCGAGAACAUGAUACAGACCUACACAAAUGGGUCGUUCAAGGACCGGAAGAUGCUGGCGGCGGCGCAGCAGAUGUUCCAGGACAGUCGUACCAAGAUCGAGCUGCUGCGAAUGCAGAUCAUCAAAGUCGGUCUGGCCCGGGACGGAGUCGGAUCAGCCGGGCUCCCUGUGGACGUCAUCAACCCUCUGGAGCUACGAGUUGCUGAACUCAUUCAUCACAUGAAGAUCGAGUCGGCUGUAGCCGAUGGAGCCAAGAACGUGGUGAAGCAGCUGAGCGAGAGGCGGGUCCAGGAGCGCCGGGUUCUUGCACAGGCCCAGGCCCGGAUGCAAGAGUCCUCUCAGAAGCUGGACUUGCUGCGUCUCUCUCUGGAGAGACGUCUGACAGAGUUUCCCGAGGACCAUCCCACCAGGUCCACCAUCAAGGAGGUUCUGGUUUCUGGAUUCUGCCCGUCCUACAACACACCAAAGAAGCAGUGCUCGUCCUCCUUCUUCAGACCAGCCAGCCUCACAGGUCGGUUAGAGGUUUGUCUGAUGGGCUGUCAGAACCUGCUGGAGUCCGUACCGGGUCGAAGUCGUGUCAGCAGCGCCUUGUCCUCCUCUGGGACUUCUGAUGGAAAAUCUCUGAAGCUGAAAUCCUCUGGAAGAAGUUCAAAUGGCAAAACCAGCAGAGCAGACGAGCUGUCGGGAGAGGUCAGCGCCAUGCUGAAGCUAGACAAUCAGAUUGUUGGACAGACUCACUGGCGACAGAUGGGGAAGGAGGCCUGGGGCCAGAACUUCAGCAUUGAGCUGGAACGGUCCAGGGAGCUGGAGGUAGCGGUUUCUUGGAGAGACUGGCGAGCUCUCUGUGGGGUGAAGUUCCUGCGUUUGGAGGACUUCCUGGAUAACCAGAGACAUGGGAUGUGUUUGGAACUGGAGCCUCAGGGCAUCCUCUUCAUCGAGGUGACCUUCAUGAAUCCGGUCAUCGAGCGACCGUCUAAACUUCAGAGACAAAGGAGGAUUUUCCCUAAAGAAAAAGGGAAGAACUUCCUUCGUGCUGCACAGAUGAACAUGAACUUUGCCACCUGGGGUCGUCUGAUGAUGAGCGUCCUCCCUCCAUGCAGCUCACUGGAGCCCAUCAGCCCCCCGUUACCAGCAUCAGCCAGCUCUCUGACACUUGGAUCUCCAGACUGGAGGCCGGUUCCUCCUGCAGAUGCAGCAGCUGGAUCUCCACCUCUCAGCAGGAGGGAACCUAGAGAAUCGUUGCUGUCCCCGGAUCAGAACCGAAGCUGUAGCCUGAGGAGAAAACCUUCUGCUCCUCAGAGAAAUGAGGAUCUGAAGAUGGAGGACUUUGAGUGUAUAGCGGUUCUUGGAAGAGGUCACUUUGGGAAGGUUCUGCUGGCGGAGCAUAAGGAGUCAGGGAAACUGUUUGCUCUCAAAGCUUUGAAGAAAGGAGACAUCCUGAGCCGAGACGAAGUCGACAGCCUCAGGUGUGAAAAGCGCAUCUUUGAAGUGAUCAACGCGGCCCGCCACCCGUUCCUGGUCAACCUGCAUGGCUGCUUCCAGACCGAUGAGCACGUCUGCUUUGUGAUGGCCUACUCUCCAGGAGGAGACCUAAUGAAGCACAUCCACACGAGCAUCUUCACCGAGAAACAGGCCCGGUUUUACUGCUCCUGUGUGCUGCUUGGUCUGGAGUUCCUCCAUCAGAACAAGAUUGUCUACAGGGACCUGAAGUUGGAUAAUCUGAUCAUGGACUCUGAUGGAUUCAUUAGAAUUGCCGACUUUGGUUUGUGCAAAGAAGGAAUGGGCCAUGGUGAUCGCACCUCCACCUUCUGUGGAACACCUGAGUUUCUAGCUCCAGAGAUUCUGACAGAGGACAGCUAUACUCGCAGUGUGGACUGGUGGGGUCUGGGCGUCCUCCUGUACGAGAUGCUGGUGGGGGAGUCACCAUUUCCUGGUGAUGAUGAGGAGGAGGUGUUUGACAGCAUUGUAAAUGACGAAGUCCGAUACCCACGCUUCCUCUCUCCGGAGUCGGCGUCUCUCAUUAAGGAGCUGCUCCAGAAGAAUCCGGACCUGAGGUUAGGAGCUGGACCGGAGGAUGCCUCAGCCAUCAAAGAGCACAGAUUCUUUAAGGGAACCAACUGGGACGCUCUGCUCAGUAAGAAGGUGAAGCCACCCUUCCUGCCGCAGAUCAAAACUCCACAGGACGUCAGUAACUUCGACCAGGAGUUCACCACGAUGAAACCGGUCCUCACCCUUCCACGGGAGCCACGCCCCCUCAGCGCCGACCAGCAGGAGAUCUUUAACGACUUUGAUUUUCCUCUCAUCGGCUGAUUUCUUUCCCCUGGUUCCGACCAGUCCUGCCUUCUCUGGGUCAGCCAUGACCUUUGACCUACUGUUUGUUUACACUCAGAGUCUGAAGUUGUUUUAUAAAGCUGCGUGCUGGUUUUACAUCUGUCAUCCAGAUGUGUCCAAGUCAACAUCUGGAUGUUCUAAAACCAACAUGAAGGAGAACAAAUAAACACUCAAACAUCA